AUGGACACUGACGACCUUGACUCCGAAAUCUCCUCCAUCCGCGCAGAAAUCCGCACCCUCCAACAUCGCCGUCGCAUCCUAACAAGCAGCCUCCUCUCCUCGCGCCCCCUCCAACGCCUCGCCAAAUCCCAACCACCAACCCUCCCCUCCCAACAGCAAUGGACCGACAUCUCCCCCCUAAUCCAAAGCACCUCGACCCACGCGCAAACAAACCAUCACCGCAUCGCCUUCUCCACAACCACCUUCCCAUUCACGGACCCCUCCCCGACAUCUGAAUCCCCCAACCUCCUAGGCAUCAGGAUAGAUAUUUGCGCGCGCGACGGAACAUACACCAAACCGUACUACAUACUCCUCCGACGGACAGCACACAAGACACAAGAUGGGAAGAGGGAAGUGCGCGUGCAUAAGCAUACCGUUCCGGCGGUGGUGGAUAUGAGGAAGUUGGAGAGGGUGUUUCUGCCGGCUUCAUCCAUGACUACUUCUCAGGAUGGGGAAGACGCGAUGGAUGAGGAGCAGGAGCAGGAGCAACUGAAACCAUGGAAACACAAGGCGCGCAAACAGGAUCUCAAGUCCUUUGUUCGGGAGGUGCGCAAGCAGUUGGUUGUGUGGCAUUUACGGUGCGAUGCUGUGCGCUAUCUGCGAGAGAAACUGGGCGUCGUGACACGUGGAGUAAAUGACGACGACGGUAUCUAUGAGGAUGAUGAGAGGCCCUGGGAGAGGGAUAUUCUUGGCCCUAAUGCUUCUACGACGGCUGCUACUGGAGGUUCCGGUGCUGGGGAGGAGACGCGCAUAGCGAAGAAUGAACUUGGGAUUGUGUCGUUGGCGCCGACGGCGUUGGAGGCGGUCUAUGUGCGGGUGGAGUGGGAGGAUGGGCGCGUGGGGAGGUUCAAGAUCUCUAAUACGGGGGUCGUGGAACGCGCGGUGGUGAUUGGGGAUACUGGUAGAGAUAAGCAGACUGAGGGGAUUAUUACGGGCGGGGACGGGAGGGUUGAGACAUUGCUGGAGCGGUUGGGGAAGCGUCGCGGGAAUAGUAAGGAGGUUGGCUCUGCGUCGCCGGCUUCUGAUGUGUGA